AAUCUACAGAAGGAAGAGCAAAUGAGCAAGGCUGUUUUAACAUUGUGUUGCGUCCGUGAAGCGCAACACGUGCAAUCAAUGUCACGCCCUUCCUUUCUUCCAGACUGAUCUUUGGUCGUGUAACAAUCGAUUGCCGAUUCACAUAGGCAGUCAUUCGCCAACCACGGAGCCACCGACUCAUUGCACGGAGUGUCUUGACAUAUCAACGUGUCACAAUCGAGCUCUAAUAUUGAAAACGUGACUCAAUUAAUUAAGAGAAACUUGGACAUAUUAUAGAGAUAUUGACAUUUUUCUGUAAAGUUUACGUUCUAUUGGUCGCACAAAAUUACAAAUGUUUUUACACUCAAAGUACGUGCAAUAAUAAGUUGGAGCAUUGUUAAAUAUAUGAUGAAAACGAUAAAAAAUUUUUAAAUUGACAUCUGGAGCUGUCAGCGUAAAUAUUUAUUACUGGAUAUAAAAGUUCUGCGGAUCGUACGCACCGCACGUGUGCUACUAACGAAAGUUUCAAGGAAUAUUUCUGUAUCUUCACAACUGAGUGCAGAAGUUCAAAAGUAUAAGAAAAAAUGCAAGUACGAAUACUGCUUCAGUGUAAGAGUACAGCGAUGUACAGCAAUCUCGGUUAGACCUUGAAAGAGAAAGAGCAACGAAGAGAUAAAAAAUAAAAUUGAAAAAUCACGCGUAAGAAGAAGAGCAACCAGGAGAAAGGGAAGUUAUUGAGCGGACCGUUUUCAUCAAUUAGCAACAGUUACUUCGCACAGUUAGAGAAGCGACCAGCCACGAAACCAAGAUUCACUAAUCGGUCUUUCAGUCGCGAUUACUCCAGGAUCCUUCGAGAACGAAAUUUAUCAACGACCGAAUCGUGAAUUACUGGAUUCCGUCAUAUUGGCGCUCUCUUCUGAAACGUCAUUCAAGAUGUUGCUCUCUCAUGCAAGGACGAAGAUAGUCCUAUUCGCCGGGGCUUCCUAAAGAAUAAACUUUAUCCGACGAUCAAACAUUAAAUCACGAGAAAGACUCUUUUUCGGCCAUGAUUUCGACCAUGAUUUCAAACGCGUUUCGACUAGUGCUUCUCCUGAUGAUCGCACGUGGCUCUAUCGCGAGUGCCGAGCAUAUCUUCAGGAUCAAGUCAAAUGGUUCGUCCGUCCAACACGAAGACAUCUACCCGCUGUACGACAGUCACAACGAGAACGCCGCGUUACUAUCUCGUGAGCUUGAGUUGCUCCAGCAGACGAUCGACGCGAUCCGCGACGACACUUGUAGAAGUGAGUGCCGAUCUGUUCUGAUCGGCCUGCGUGACCUGACCGGAUGGGCGGUGAAAUUUUACGACGCUACCGAGAAAAUUCCGACCGGCGUCCUGGCGGGCUCAGUUUAUCAGUUAGGCAACUUUGACGAAUGUCUGAACGUGGGUCUGGACGACGGGGCACCGGCGGGUAUUCGCGGACGAUACUGCCUGGGCGAAGUCGACGUCGAAGUGCCCGAGAUUUAUCUCGCUAAGAACGGUUCUAUAUGGGAGGCUUUCAGAGACACCGAGGAACGGUAUCGAGAACCGAUAAGGAAAUUGUACUGGGGUAUCUGCUUGCCAGCCGGAUGCGCGACCGAGGAUAUCGAGGAGGUCGCCCGGCGAAUCCUGGACGCGGCCUUCGGCGGCUCUCGUCUGAAAUUGACGGUCACGAUGUCCGAGAUGUCGUGUUACAAGGACGAGUUCGAGCCCAUUGGCGCUCCGGAUAUUGUUUACAUGUGUGUGAUCCUGUCCGUGAUCUUGAUGAUUCUCAGUGGAACCGUAUUUCAUACUGUCUGCCUAAGAAAUCAACACAAAACAUCGGAUGGAAUCUUACCCAAGAUUCUGAUUUCUUUCUCUCUAAUAUCAAAUCUAAAGAAACUUUUUAGCCCUGCGCACAUCGAUAAUUUACAUAUAGACUGUAUUGCCGGUAUAAAAUUCAUCUCAAUGGUGUUUAUCCUUGUCGGACAUUCGCUCAUAUUCAUCAUGAGUGGUCCAAUGCUUGAUAAAAAAUUUAAUGAUGAGGCGGUAACCAAGAUCGAGAACUCUAUAUUCCUCAAUAAUCCUCUGCUGGUUGAUACGUUUCUUAUGUUGAGCGGUUUCCUUUUCUGCAGAAUACUUCUUCAAGAACUCGAUAAGAGAAAAUCGGUGAAUUUCCUUCACUUAUACGUCAUACGUUACUUCAGGUUAACACCAGCCUAUUCUGUAAUACUGGGCCUUUAUGCCACAUGGUUGACGCAACUGGAUCGUGGUCCACGUUGGUCUAUAAUGAGGCACGAGAAAAAAAAAUGUUUGUCUUCGUGGUGGACUAAUCUUCUAUACGUGAACAAUUAUGUCAACACGGACAAAAUAUGUAUGUUCCAAUCUUGGUAUCUCGCAGUGGAUACGCAACUUUUCAUAUUAGCACCAGCAAUCAUAUAUCCUUUGUGGAGAUGGCGCAAAAUUGGAAAAUGCUUGCUCGUCGGUGCAACAGCAAUUUCGAUAGCAAUACCUUUCGCGAUAACGCUUUUCAACAACUUGGAUCCAACAUUGAUGAUCUAUUCGCGUGAAAUUAAAGAUAUUACAACUAAUCAUUUCUUUGCGAGUACUUAUAUUAAAACGCACAUGAGAGCAGAAUCGUACUGCAUUGGCCUUAUGUUUGGAUACGGCGCUUAUCGAUUACAAGCAGGCAAACAUCAGUUAUGUAAGAAAAUUAUCAAAUUUGGAUGGUUAUUUGCAACGCUGUCGCUGCUGGUAUCGAUGUUCUCCAUUACAAUAUUUUACAACGUAAGAAGGGACUUCACUGUCAUCGAGGCUGCCAUAUACUCACCUCUGCAUCGAUUGCUUUGGUGCACAGGCAUUGGUUGGAUCUUAAUUGCAUCUAUCACUAAUAAUGCAGGACCCAUAAGAAAUUUUUUAAGGUAUCGAGUGUUUAUCAUUCUCAGCAGAGUGACAUAUUCUGCGUAUUUGGUAAACGGACUUGUCGAAUUACACAGCGCGGCGACUCUGCGGACACCACAACAUCUAAAUAAUUUUCAAUUAUUACGCACAACGUUGUCACAUGUAAUGUUAACUUUCGGGGGAGCUAUCGUGCUAUCAACGAUGUUCGAAUCACCAAUACUUAGUCUUGAACGGACGUUUUUGCAAAAAGAUAAGCAAAACACCGGGACAUAAUCCCGACGAGAGAGUUAACGCGUAAUGUACGUGAAAAAUAAAAUAUUUAGCAAAAUUAUGUGUACAACAC